AUGGCCCACGUCCACCGGCGGACUCCGUCCCCGGCGCUCAUCUUCACCUCCGCCGUGUCUCUGCUGGUUCUGGUUCCCAUCCUGGUUCCCGUGCUGGUGCUGGUGGUGGCGGUUCUCCUGGUGCUGGCGCCCAUCGUGGACGAGCCCCAGAUGGAGUAUCUGUACGUGGGUUUGUUCGUGCUGAGCGGGGCCCUGCUCUACUUCCCUUUUGUCCACUUCAGGCUCUGCCCCGGACUCCUGAGCAGGGUCACCGUCUUCCUGCAGCUCUUCCUGCAGGUCGCCCCGGCUGAGAAGAGCCUCUGA